AUGAGCGCGGCUGAGGACGGGCCAGACAUGUUGGAGGUCCGAGGGCGUCCAGGGGAGGAGGGGCAAGUGUUCAGGAGGCCCAGGAGCACUCUGGGGACGAAGACAGCAUCGAUGCCGUGGGAAGGACCGUGGAUAGAGAUCGAGCGAGGGAGCAGCAAAAAGGUCAUCCGCAACAAGAUUUACACUUCCCCUGCUGGCUACGUCAGGAGGGAGUACUCCAACUACAAAGCCCUCCACGGGUUGACGACCCAGUUUUCCUCCAGCUCGCUCUCACCUUCUGUCUCUUCUCACAGCAUGAUCAGCAUGCAAGAAGAGCUGAGGGCGGGGGAGGGAGCAUCGAGGAGGGCGAGGAGCCGACCAGGAACCAGCGUAGGAAAGCUUCCUCGCCCUGAUUCAUCUCCUGCAACUAUCUUGAACGAUCUCUCAGCUCAGGUCAGCAGAAACUUCGUGAGGCCCAAGUCUAGCCUUGGAACCUAUUCGCUGGGUUAUCGAGCUCACACUCCAGCAUGGAGGGAGAAGCCGCCGCCUGCUCGCACGCCCCUGCGGCCUGUCACAGCGAUGCCCUUGUCAAAGCAGAAGCAGCUGGAGGAGAAGGUGAAGACGGAGAUGUACGGAGAUCUAGUGCAAUCGAAGGUGGAGGAGGACGCAGCCUCGACAAGAGAGAAGACGCUUCUGGCAAGUCCUCAUGGCAGAAAGGACGAGGAGCUCAAGCCUCCGAAGCCUCUGCUUCGAGACAAGUCCCUCACCUUCUCUGACAGCACCUUGUCAGCCAAGGAUGUGCCUGAGGACGAGUCGAUGUCCGGUCAGAGCUUCAAGGAGAGGAAGGGGAUGACUCCCGCGCGCAAGAGAUUGACUAACGUCAUGGGAGCUGAGGGGUUCAGUAGAGUCUGGACGUCAGACAAGUCGCUGGAGGACAUUGACCCGUCGCUCUACUUCAAGAUGCGAAUGAAGAUGAGGGGCUUGAAGGAAAGGACCUCUAUGAAGGUGCUCGAUACCCAACAAUGGAUCGGUCUCCUUCUGUACGCGGAAGGCAAGAAUGAAAGAAUCCCGUUGAACAAGAAUGCAGAACGAUGGAUCAGUGGGUUGGACACGUUCUUGGACAAGAGAGCAAGGUUGCGCAUCUACGAACAGCAGCUUGCAAGAGCUGAUGCUGACUUGAGAGAUGCCAUGCUGGAAGUGAAUAGAAUUGAGAGUCUGCUCAAGAUAGAGCAAGGGUCCAAGAAGAAGAAUCUUGAAGAUGAACUCACCAUAGCAAUGGACAGCAAGGAUGAACUGUUGAACGAGAGAAGGAGGCUUCAGAUGCUCGUCAACACAUUCACCAUCGGAGCGGAAGAGCUCCAAGACCUGACAGCUGAAGAAGACUUUUAUACUGGCGAUCCCAACAAAUGGUCGGACAUUCUCAGGACCUACAGAGAAUCCGAUGAGAAUCUUAUCAAGCUCAAAGAAGGCUUGAACGAGAGCAAGAGCGGUUGGUUCGAGCUGAACGCAGACAUUGACAUCGACAAGUACCCCAUCUACUCCUCGGCUCCCCUCUCACCAUCCGCUCAUGAGAUUGCUAAUAACUCAACCAACAAUUUGAAGAAUCAGAAAAAGACAGUGCCUACAUAUGAACGACGAACGUCGAGGAGACGAUCAUUGAUAACCAUGCAAAGUUUGUCGUCAAUGAAGGAGAAAGGCUCGCAGAGGAAGAUGAGCGUCGCCAAGAGCAAGGUACAGAAAGCAAAGUCAGUAGAACAAGGCAAGGGGGAGGCAGACGAGCCUGUGGUGGUUCAAGAAGAGCAGCAGCAGCAGGAGCGCAAAGGCGACGAUGAUUCGGAUGAGGAGAAUAUUGAUGAGCAGGUGAAGAACCUGUUAAGUUCGAUGCAGCAGGAGAAUUCAGCUGCUCUCAAUCAAGCUCUGAUGCGACUCAAGUAUCCCGUGCAGACUGGGACGAUGCGAACGUGGCGAGAGUAUGCGGAUGACUUGAGGAGGGUCAAGAAGUCGUACUUGACCAUCUACGAGAGGAUCUGCGAGCACUUCAAAGUCCCUGCCACCGGCCUCGUCGCCAUCCGCAGGUUCCUCAACGACCCUCUCUGCUCCAAGAUCAGCGUGGCAGGAGAGAACUACAACAACUUCCACCUGACCGCCCUCGACGGCAUGAUGCGCGGAGUCGACCUGACGGGCGGAAACGCCGUUAUCCCUCCGGUCCUCUCCUUCAAGAAGUCAAUGGACCUGAUGGGCUUGAGGUCGUUUGACUGCUCUAACAACAACCUCCGGGCCGAGGGCAUGUCCAUCCUCGUUGACAUGUUGACGUCCUGCGGCCUUGACGUCGAGUAUCUCAACGUGUCCGCCAACAGGAUAGGCAAGGAAGGGGCGCAGAAGAUCGCCAAGUUCCUCUCGAUCCCCAACUCCUCUAUCCAAGAGCUUCACUGCGACAUGAACGACAUCGGAGACGUCGGAAUGCGAGCGAUCGCCCUUGUCCUGCCCAAGACUCAGCUCAAGGUGCUCUCAGUGCAGAAGAACAAGAUCAGCAAGCUGGGAGCUGUCGCUCUCAGGAGGAUGAUUGCGUCAGAGUCCGUCUGCCUCCAAGACCUGGACGUCUCAUGGAACGAGAUCCUGACCGACGGGGCCUGCACCUUCGCUGAGGGCCUGGCGGACAACAAGUCACUGAGGAGGCUGAACCUCGAGUGGAGCGGGUUCGGGAGCGAGAAGGCGCUCAGCGCUCUGUUCCACGCGCUGAAGACAUGCCCGCUGCAAGUGGUGGACCUCUCGAGCAAUCAGAUCGACUCCUACGGCUGCCUCGUUGUCUCUGCGGGCAUUGAGAGCACCCAGGGGCUGAAGCAGCUCAAGCUCGACAACAACCCGCUGGCAAGGCAGGGCAUCCGAGAGCUCCUGCGAUGCUCCGCCAGGGCCAAGGAGAGGAGGAGCGUUGAGCGAGCCAUCUCUCUGGAGAACUGCGACUUCGGCGAAGUUUCUUCCUGCGUCUUCGACCCCUUGGAGCCUGCUGGGAGCUAUCGGCUUGACAUGGGGAGGGCCAGCCACCGCAGAAUCUUCGAGGUGCUCCUCGAGUUCAACGCGCAAGGACGAGGCAGGUUUGACAAGAGCUCAGCUACCCUCAAGCUGGAUAGGAAGGGAGAAACGAGCAGCAAGACCUUCUCUCUCUCCUCCUCCAACCUCCUCGACUCGACAAGCCUGCCGCUUGAAGGUAUCCUCGAGUUCGGCUUCGUGGAGAACGGGCUCCCGUCCCCGUGCGACCAGUACCUGAGGGAGGAGGCGAUGAAAGCUCUCCUGGACCAGCUAAACCGACGAGACUUAAGCGCAGCGCUGAAGAAGAGGAGCAUGCAGACAGCCGUGGGCUGCUUGUACCUGAAGCUCGAAGACUUCGAGGCCAUGUUUGCUCGGAUCAACGUCAAUGACGUCGACUACCGCAUGGACUUCGUGAUGACCGUCUACCAUCGAGUCAUCGACCUCGACGACGCGACGAAGCUGUUGAGAUACCUGUCAGAUGCGGAGGCGAGGAACGUGGAAGCUCGGAUAGGAAAAGACCACCUCCACUUCUCCUCCAGCAACCCGACGGGUCACUACCAUCUCAACCUUGACAAGCCACCCCACAGGAAUAUGGCGUGUCGUCUGCUCAGCAUGAGGUUUCAGAUGCUGCCGGUAGAGGACAAGAUCGUCAAGUACUACUCGAACCGCAAGGGCGGACAGCGAGAGGUGGCAAGGAUCGGAGUUUGCUGGCGGAACUGCCGACUGUCCGGACUGCCCUUUGACAUCGAGGCGGACUGGAAUCUGCCGUUCAAGGGGAUACUGGAGCUUGACUAUGUGUGCUUGGACCGACCAGAUGGGGAGGAGGCGAUGAGCGAUGAGGAGUUCGACGAGCUGGUGCUGAGGCGAUGGGAUGAAAAGUCUCAGUUUCUCAACCUGCAGAUCUUGUCCAACGAAAGGAAGAUCUCCCUCUUGAGAGAAGUCUCAAACACACACUACUUCUCCUGUGCCCAGGUCUCGUCUCUGCUUGCUCGUCUCGCCCCGGUCAAGCAGCACAAGUGCCGCCUGCAGGUCAUCUUCGCAUGCUGGUCAAGGGUGGUGGACUAUCAUGGCCUGCCCAACGUUCUCAAGACUCUCACAUCCUCUGAGAGGAAAGAAGUGGUGCGAGCCUUCGGCGUCGUCAACAUCUUUGACGAGCUGCUUGCUGCCGACUACUAUGACCUUGACCUCUCCGACGUCGGAGACCGGUUCGUCAUGCAGGAGCUGGUCCAUCUCAAGUGCAAGGAACCCUCGUCAGCGUUGGUGCGUGUUUGCUACGAGGGGAAGGAGUUCGAGGUGCCGGAGGAGUGGGCGGAGGGGGAGGUGCCGAGGAAGGGAAGGAUUUCUUGCUUCUUCACCCGCACACAGGCUGUGCUGCAGAAGGUUUUCGAGCAAGGGGCAGUCGAUCACACGCAGAAGAAGCCCGCUCCCUCCUCGCUCAGCUCGUACUCGUUGGACUUCCUCGAGGACUUCUACGAGGGGGGCAUCUGUUCUCCUGUGGACGACUUGUGGUUCUUCCCCUUGCUUGCUCGCCGAGUCUUCCUCAAGCUCGUCGAAGUGGUUGACAGCCCCGACCGAUUCGUGCAGACGAUUUUCAAGGGUCAGUACCAGCUGGCGAGCAAAGAGCUCGAGACGAGGAUGCGCGUGUUUGGCGUCAGUUUCAACCAGGACGAGGUUCUGACGCUCAAGUCGCUGAUUGAGGACGAAGAGCAGAACAUCUCUCCUCAGCUGUUCGCCUCCUUCUGGCAGGAGCACGAUGCAAAACUGAGGCACGCUGGGCGGAGGGAGAAGGGGGAGGAGGAGAUCUAG